AUGAACCGGAUCCACAAGCAGGAAACUCGUGAGCAGCAGCUGAAGGGUGAGAAUUCCACGCUGCAAGAGGAGGUGGAAGCCAUCCGUGCUGAGAUAGACUCCUUGCGGAAGCAGCUUGAGGGCGAUGAAGAAAGCCGCACGAAGUUCGAGCGCGCUCGCAGCCAGCUUGAGAUGACCAUCGAAGCCCUUGAGGUUCAGGUGGACACGCUCAAGAAGGCACUGAGCACCGCCGAACGAGCCAACGAGCAGCUGCAAGAUGAGAACAGAACCACGGCAGACAGGUGUCGUGAGACGGCCGACAAGGUCUACGCUCUCAUGGACUCCCUGCGUCUCAACCAGGUGGAGCUGAAGAAGCUGGAGGCGGAGAACGCGUCCAGGGACAAGAAGCUCAUCGCCCUGGAGCGGCAAACGCAGAACCUCCAGGCGAAGAUCACCAUGGAGAUCGACGCCAAGGUCUUGGCCGAGCAGGAGCGCAAGGAAGCGGAGCAGGAGGCCGUGGUUUUGAAAAAGAAGAACAAGAAGAUCGAGGACAACGUGACCGUGUCCCAAGGAGCUCAGGAGAAGGCGGAGAAGGAAAUCUCGGAGCUGAAUGACCGCGUAGGUCAGCUGCAGACUCAGAACGCCUACCUGGCCAGUCGAAUCGACGGCCAGGAAGAGGAGAAAUCUUCUCUGAAGGUGGAAAUCAAGAAAGUCGCUGACAAAGCCAGCGAACUCUCUGGCGAGAAUAGCAGGUUGCGUGACGAGAUCGACUCCUUCGAAGAGAAGGCUGCCACGACAGUCAACGACACCGAAGCCUUCAAGAAAGAGCUGGAGUACAUCAAGCGUGAGGAUGUGCUCGAUGAAGCAGGAAGGCAACGGCCCAUCCUGAUCCAGUCGACGAAGUCGGACCUCUUAGAAAAGCUGCAGGUGAAUGAGUUCCUCUACGAGGCCCAGCAGGCGCGCAAUCCGGUCCCUCCCAUGAUCGAGAAGAUUGCGCAGCUGUUGGCGAUGCUUCACGAGGGCCAGCAGCGUAGCGACGCUUACCUGGGCGACCUCUCGAAGUCCAAUGCGCUUGUGUCCGCCAUGCGCCAGAGGAACAUGUCCCUCUUCGGCCGCACGCAGAUGUUCGAGUCCUUCAAGUCUCGCGCUCUCAUGAGGUAUGUCAUGAACAUGAUUGAGGGCGAGCGAAUUCACGACCUGCACCUGGACGGCCUCAGCUUCGGCUUGCGCGAGAUCAAAGAGACGCUUGGCCUCUUCACGCGCUACGAGUGCUUCGAGCAGGUCUAUGUCCUUAGCCUGAUCGACAAUGGUCUCGAUGACGAUUGCGUGAACAUCUUGCUGCAGGUGAUCUUCCAGUUACCGUACAUGCGCUCCUUUGACCUCCGAAGGAAUUGCUUUUCCAGCGAGGGCAUCAAGAGAAUCGAGGAGCAGCUGCGUGACAUGGAUGGAGUCACCGCCGUCAUUAAGACCGUCGAGGGGGUCAUCAAUGUCCAUAGUGGCAAUCAGCUGCGCAUGUCGCUGGACGUCAGCGAGCAGUUGGCAAAAGAGCAGCUGGCGAAAGACGUCGACUUUAGCGUGGACCAGACCCUGAGCCACACGGAAGCUGAUCCCUUCUUGGAAAGUUCGGCUGCGAGGUCUGAGCACCUCUGGACCAAGACGGCAGCGGCCGGUGCCACGCAGCGGCCGCCGCAGAAGGGCGUGACAGAUGUGUCAGCCGCGCCAUCGGAGAAGGCCGCAGCUGCCCCGGCGGCGCCUGCGGUGGGCGGGCCUCCUGUUGGCCUGGGUGGGCCUGGCAACCUCGCGGCGUUGAACAAGAAGGCCCCGAAGAUGGGCAAGUCGAAGACCAACAACUCCUUGCCCGAUCCCAAGAAGCGGGCGAAGGGCCGCGCCAAGGCAGCGCCGCCUCCGAUCUUGGAGUACAUCCCGAGUGACCGCCGCAUCGACAAGUGGCAGGUGGGGAACCUGGACUCAACGCCUCGGAUACCUCAGAGGAUGAGUGCGAACCUCAAUCGAACCGCCAGAAGAGCCAUGGCUGGGUUUAGCCAGACAAAUGUCUUCUGGCAGUGUUACGUAGGGUGA